AUGGAAUACCCUGUGAAAUCAACACCACAACAAUUAACUGAUUUUGAUCAAAUAAUACAAGCCAAAAUAAACGAUGCCCGAAAUGAAGCUCGAACAUUAUACACUGAAGUGGAAAACGUUAAAGCGAGAAUGAGGGAUUCCACUCUACUUGAACAAAGUGUGAAACUCAAGCCCAUUCCCAACCACUCGAUCAACCCCAAACUUUACCACACAUUAGAAGGCCAUCAAAAUAAAAUCAGUAACGUCCAAUGGAGUUCAUCUAGUGAUCAGGUAUUAAGUGCCAGUCAGGAUGGGUAUAUGAUAAUGUGGGAUCCGGUGACAGGGUUGAAGAAAAAGGCCAUUGAGUUAGAAAAUCAGUGGGUUUUGACAUGUGCACUAUCGCCCAACAGUGAGUUCAUUGCCAGUGGAGGGUUGGAUAACAACUUGUCCAUUUACAAGGUCAAUGAUACGGUUCAACAAACCUAUUUCAAUUCCAAGGUCCAGCACGUCUUCAAAUCACACCGAGCAUAUAUCAGUGACUGUGAGUUCAUAAAUAACCAGCAGGUGAUCACUGGUAGUGGAGAUAUGGAAUGCAUUAUGUGGGACUUGAAUAAGGGAGACAAAAUCAGAAACUUCAACGAGCAUACAGGUGAUGUGCUAUGCUUGGAUACCUUGCCAUCUGGAUCCUCCAGUUUAUUUAUCAGUGGCAGCUGCGAUGGCUACUGUAAGAUCUGGGACUUACGGAGCAAAUCCGCUGUCCAAAGCUUAUUUAUAUCCAAUUAUGACAUUAAUACCGUCAGAGUGUUUCCCCAAGGACAUUCAUUCAUUACCGGCCUGGACAAUGGGAUCAUCAAAUUGUUCGAUCUCAGAAGCGACUGUGAACUCUCCAAAUACUCGCUUCUGAACCAACUUGAUGAUAAUAAACGCAAGUCGAUUCUGUCGAUUGACUCAGUUAAUGUUCUCUCAGUGGAUUUCAGUAAGAGUGGCAGGUUAAUCUACAGCUGCUAUUCGGAUUUUGGGUGCUUAAUAUGGGACACUCUAAAACUGGAGGUGGUGGGAACAAUUGGUGGUGGACACCAAAAUAGGAUUAAUCAAGUAAGUGUCAGUCCCGAUGGAAUCGGCAUCUGCACCGUCAGCUGGGAUUAUACCAUCAAAGUAUGGGCACCAUGA